GGGCAUCACAACUCCAGCCACAUGCAGGGGGCGCUGGGAGAAAACAAAGUUGCGGACAGUAAUGUGAAAAAGAUCCUUAUGUCUUGUCUGAAGGGGCAACAGGUCAUCAUCAAGAUGGAGGCCAUGAAGAUCAUCCAGGCCGAGAAGUUCUCCGAGUGCCAGAACUCUCAGCCUCGGUACGGCCCCCCGUCUCGGAGGGAACCCCCGCUGGUUGCCAAGCGGGCCUGGCCCUCGGACUCGGAGAUCAUCGUCAACCAGGCCUGCGGGGACAUGCCCGCCCUGGAACCCGCCCCCAACGCCUUGGGGCUUCCGACCAGGACACCGCCGCCUCCGCGGAGGGAGAAGAUCUACCCGGGGCAACGGAAGCCGAGCGCCGAGAUCUGUUACCACCGUAAGACCCCUUCGGAUGAAGUCAUCGUCAACCAGUACGUGCUGCACCCCUCCACCCCCUGCGAGCCCCUGGAAUGCCCCACCUGCGGGCACAUGUACAACUUCACCAACAAGCGCCCCCGGAUCCUGUCCUGCCUCCAUUCCGUGUGCGAGGAGUGCCUCCAGAUCCUCUACGAGUCCUGCCCCAAGUACAAGUUCAUCUCCUGCCCCACCUGCAAGCGGGAGACCGUGCUCUUCACUGACUAUGGCCUGGCCGCCCUGGCGGUCAACACCAGCAUCCUCAACCGGCUGCCGACCGAGGCCCUGUCGGCCAAUCAGGUGCAGUGGAGCAGCGACACCGACCGCAGUUGCUACCAGACCUUCCGCCAGUACUGCGGGGCGGCCUGUACCUGCCACAUCCGGAACCCGCUGUCUUCCUGCACCAUCAUGUAGCCUGGUACUGCUGGCCGGGCCCCUGGGGAACUGGAUAUUUAUAUAUAUAUAUAAGUGGGGCGCCCAAUCCCGACUCUGCAGUUCCAUAUCAUAGCGAUGGCCCAGUUGGGUUCUACUUGCAUCUCGGUGUGUGGGUUCUCCAUCUCUCUGUGGCUCCUCCCACCCCCAAUCUGGUUGGACCGGCAUCGCCAGCGCAGAGACCAAGCACAACGGAACCACCAGCUGGCACCAACGCCCCCCCAGGGGCCCAACCAGAAGGGAACCCGUCACUCUCUGCCCAAAUAGUUUCUUUUGCCAAAGCUUUGUUCUGAUUCGCUGACUGAAAUGCACAGAAAUGAUAUAUUUUAACUUAUUGCCGGAAAGGGCCACUUGGGCUUCCAGCUGCCGGAGGGACCCCCGGGGGCCGUUGCUGAGCGACGCAUCUGGGGCCCCUCGGGCAGAGGAAGGGUUAUUGGGUACCAAAUGGCGCAUUGUGUGUAUGGGGGGCGGGAUUGUGGGGGUGCCAUCCGGCCCAGGUGAUUGUGCCCCUGUCAGUUACAUAAACGGCUCCAACACAGAA